AUGACAAGUAAAGUAAACGGUAAUAUGGACGAGUGGGUCCGGGCCCCUCCUCCGCCAGGAACCUUUUGCCAGAGGUUUGGCAAUGUGAUCUACAAUCCUGAAGAGAACAGCAUCUUGGGGAGAACGCCGAAACGAUGGGGUAUAAUGCUGACAUUCUACAUGGUGUUCUAUGCAGUCCUUACAUUUCUCUUCGCGCUGUGUAUGGGAGGGUUAUUUCUCAGCCUGGAGAAAACCCAACCUACUUAUUUACUGGAAGACUCACUUAUCGGUGCAAACCCUGGAGUGACACACCGGCCUAUGCCUGAAGACCCCAUGCUGCAUAUCAAAGUGGGUAAUAGCAGUUUCCACCAGCAGUACAUACAAGAACUUGACGAGUUCUUUGAAGAUUACAAGAAUGAAGACUGGUGGUUGAAAAAUAAGAACUGCACAUCCAAAGAUAGCUACGGCUUCCCAGACAGUCCCUGCAUAUUUGUUAAAAUUAACAGAAUAAUUGGUUGGAAGCCGGAUUUCUAUAACGUUACGGCGUUACCAGAAGAUAUACCAGAGGAUCUUGCAGAAUUUAUACAUAAUGAAAACCCAUCAGAACAAAAUCAGGUAUGGAUAUCAUGCGAAGAGGAGAAGGCUAACGAAACACAUAUGGAGUAUCCCUGGGGCCGUGGACUGCGGGCUUCGUUCUACCCCUUUUCUAUCUUGAAGGGCUAUAGGAGUCCCCUCGUCGCUGUCAAAUUGACGCCCCCUGUGAACCGUGUCGUCACCAUACGCUGCAGAGCUUGGGCACACAACAUCAUCUAUAACAAGAGCCUCAAAGAACCGUCUGGCUACACUCGUGUGCAGCUGUACAUUGAAGACAAUACAGCUGAGGAUACCACAGAACCGCAUACUUAA